CGCGUCGCCUGCUCCUAUCCUAUCAUAGCGCCAAACCUCCCCUAUCUCCUCGGCAUCUGCCUAGUCCAGAGACAGAGACACGGCCGUCGGCCGCCAUGGCGGAGCCUGUCAAAGAAACUAUCGCACCGCCUCCGCCACCGCGAGAAGCCGAAACCAUGGACGGCGGCCCUGCAGCAGCAGCAGCAGCAGAAACAGCCGACCUCGUACCGCGUACGAGCGAGCCGGCGGCGCUUGCCGUGGUGGCGCCAGGCGAAGAAACUACCACUACCACACCACCUCCACCUCCGCAAGAAGCCGAGCCCACCGACGGCGUUGCUUCCGCGCUCGACCCCGCACUGCCCACGGCCGAGCCGGCUCGCCGGGCGCCGCCGCAAGAGAAACCUGACGCUGCGGCUGGCCAGCCGCAGCCACCUACGCCAACCAAGGCGGAGGAAGUGGCCGCAUUGCCUCCGCCAUCUGAGAGGCCAUCUCAGGAAAGGGUGGCGGCAGCGGUUGAAGCCGAGAAGCAAGUCAAGCAACAGCCUGCAACUCCUGUACCUGCACCACCGCAGCAGCAGCAGCCGCCGCAGGAGCAAGAAGGCGGCGCUCCCGAACAAGCCUCCUCUGUCCAAGAGGAGGAGAAGAAUGCGGCACCGGCAAGGGCGCAGGAGGGACAAGAGGAGCUGGCGCGUCGCCGGUGGAGAUGGCUUCGGGCUGCCGUAAACCUUCUCUUCCUCCGUCCUAAGCGGAAGGACAAAGACAGCGCGGCGGCGAAGCCGCCGGCGCCGGGCGGCAAGCCCGCCGUGUCAGGGCUGGAGGAUAAGAAGACGACGCCGGCGGACAAGCUGCACGGGGAGGACAGCGCCGGCGGUGUUCUUGACAAGCCUGAAGUGAAGCAGAAGGACGAAGGUGAAGGAAGCAAGGCCCAACACGAUCAGACCGAGGCGGCACCGGCAGGGGAGACCAAGCGGCUCCCUUUGGUGAAGAGGCUCCAGAAGGCCGGCAAGCGGCUCCUUGGCAUCCUGUCGUGGUAUAAAGGGCACCGUUCCUCGGGAGUGGGUGGUGAACCUGCAACGGCGCCGCCGAGGGAGGAGGCCGAAGGCGACCGGAUCAAGCCGGCUGCAGGGGCGGCGCCGCCGCCGGUGGAGGAGGAGGAGGGCAAAGGCGAUGGGAUCAAGCCAGCUACGUCGCCGGACAAAGGUGCCGGCGUUGACACCAAGCCCGUGGCGGCGGAUGGAAAGUAAGCGCCGUCUGGUCAGGAGGAGGAGAAGCCGAAGCCCCACCCAAAGUGGCAACAAGCGGAAGAACGGCUUGAGGAGAUCCUGGAGGGUGCCUUCACAAGGCUUCUUGCGUCGGAGUACCACCAACUUAGCAGCAUUAGGCGGAAAUGCCUCCUCACCUUCUCCGUCUUCGACCUCGCGUCCGAGGUGAAGAAGCAAGUCAUGGUCUACUGGUGGGUCUCGGCGUUCAACCUGCAGCACCGGAGUGAUCAACCAGCUGCAGACGUAGCGCCGGCGGAGAUAAGAAGAAGCAAGACCCUGCGGUGGCGGGCACGCAAAACCGCAGCUCCUGCCGCCGGCGGAAACCACUCACCGACGCCGCAGGGUGAGGUCAAAGAUGGUGGUGGUGGUGAUCCUGACGCGGGGGCGGAGGGCAUCUUCUCCGAGCUCUCUAGUCAUGGCUUCCUCGAGCCGAUGAAGAACUGGUGCACCAGGGUGAUCCAUGGUUGCAAGGUGAACCCCCUGGUGCACUGGAUGGUGAAGCGCCGGGCGAGAGACGAUCGCGUCGCCGACUUGGGCGUGAACGGCAACCCGGCGGUCUGGCAACUCAAUUCUAGCAUCCUUUGCCUGACAGCAGGCAACCGACGCGUGCUACAGCGGAUGCGCAUUGAAGAUGAGUCACAACAGGUCGAGAACAAACAGCAACCCAUGACAACAAGAACAACGACCUCCUUGCAUAGCCCAACCCAGAAUGAUAAGGCUCCAGGCCAGGACCUAAAAAACAUUCAGCCCAUCAAUGACCAUGAAGAGAUUGCAAAAUUAUUCAAAGGGAAGCAAGUAAUCCUCAAUCUGAAUGCAAAUGUGUACCCAGUCUCGAAGUCCAUGUUCUUGCACCUUGCAGACUGCUUGGUUGUGCUGCAGCACGGCCGAUGGUGUAAUCAUGAUGACAACACGUACAUGGAGGUCAAUGGCCUAGAAUCAUUGAAUACUAGUGGCUUACUCAAGAACCUCCGGUAUCUUAGUCUACGUGGGUUGUCAUGGCUAACGGGCUCCCUGAAGGGAUCCAGUGGUUUAAGAAACUUGCAAUCCUAGACAUGCGUGGUUGCCAAAACCUAGUCAAUGUGCAAUCAAAGAUCAUCAAACCUUUGAAGCAUCUUACCCAUUUGGAUCUCACUGAGUGCUACAUGUUGGAAUAUAUUGAACGAGGAAUCACCUCGCUCUCAGAGUUGCAGGUGUUUAAGGGCUUUGUGUUUGCAACUGGAACACAAGGGAAUAAGGCAUGUCGGUUGCAGGACCUUAGGAGGUUGAAGAAGCUCCAAAAGCUCACUGUUAGCAUCACCACUGAUGCUAAUAUAGGGAAGGGGGAGAUGGCAGAGCUUAAGCAUUUGUUUAGCCUUCGUAAACUCACAAUCAUAUGGAGUGAGAUACCAAGCAUAUUAGAUGGGGACUCAGAUAAGGUGAAAAAGAGGCGGGAUGAUCUUGUCGAGAAAUGGACUAGCUUUGAGCUACCACAAGAGCUUUUGAAGCUGGAUCUUCGAUGCUACCCCAAGAAUGAGCUAAAACUCAUAGAGCAUAAGAAUAUCAAGAAGCUCUAUUUAAGAGGUGGAGAUUUAAUGAGAUUUUCUAUUGAUAAAUCAAAAUAUAGCAAUCUCUCAUAAACAACAAACUCCAUCAAGACAUUGCGUCUGAGAUACUUAAAAAACUUUAAUAUGAAAUGGGAAGAAAUUCGUUCAUUAUUGAAGUAUAUUGAAUAUUUUGAAAUUGUGCCUAAGGAUGAAAAGCUUAUGAAGGAUGUGGAUAAGGAUCAAAAGGAUAAGAACAUAGACAUGGAGGAUCAAGAGGAUAAAGGUACAAGUGUGAAUGAUCAAAAGGAUAUAGAGGAGAUAUCAUACCCUUUUUUGGAUGAGAAUGGGGUAUGGGUGAAGGAUAAUAAGGAAGAGAAGAACCUAAGUUUGAUGGCACAAGCUACCAAUAAGGAAAAAGAAGCUCAGGGUACCAUGGAAAAGGGCAAAUUUUCAGGACCUAUUGAAGGUCUGAGCACUAAUGCUGCAAGCACCGUCGAUGAUGUUAAUAAGGAUGACAAUAACAAUGCUAUAAUAGAACAAUCAGGUCUUCCCUUCUCCAAAGAAAGCAAAGAAGGGCAGGUAACGACCCAUGAGGUGACACAACAGUUGAAGACAAAACCAACACCAAUGGGGUAGGGAGUGUGGUCAUCUUUUUUUUAUAAUGAUAAUACAAGUUAAUAAGAAUGCUUGGUUAUACAUAUAUAUAGAUAUCAAAGGAUGGGAAGGUGGUGUCAAAUGCCCCCAUGAUAGCAAAUUAAUGAUCAUAUACUAGGCAUUAUGGAGACGAUGACAUAUCCAUAACACUGGAGUCUCCACAAUACAAUAUUCUUCAAAUUAAAAGAGCAGCUGUCAGUUAGCGGUUGUGAUAUUCAAAAAAACAAGAAGUGCUCCAAGUUAUAUGUGUCUGGGUUGUGUCUAGAUGACCAACUUUUCAUUGUCUAUAGUCUGUAAUUUGAUAUUCAUUUAUUUUUUUUGAAUUUUCUCUAGAAGUA